UCCACAUCCCGGCCCGCGUUCCUCUCGCAUCCACACUCUCGAUAGCUCGACUACCAUGCCCCGCUACUUUCUCCGCGGGUCGCUCGAGCACCCUUCUUUCCGUCUCCCGGAGAUUCAUGCCAUUGCGGAGCUCUUUGGCUUCGAGGUGCGCGUCAUCUCGGAGGCGCCAGAGAAGGGCAUCAUCAUCGUCGACGUUGAUCACGAAGAGCAUAUCGAGCACCUUCUUGAGCGCGGCAUCCUUGUAUUCUUUGCAUGUGAGCUUUAUGCCCACGCAAAAUCCUAUGAGGAGCUGCAGGAGUCUAUGCGCGCGCGGGUAGCCGAAGGUGUCCUUGAACCGCACAUGGACAAGAGGUGGAAGAUCUCUGUCGAGUGUGUGAACAACCAUGCGACGGAUAAGCGGUCUUUGGAGGUUAUCAACAGCUUUGGGUGGAUCGGCCUGCGCGGCAAGAUUGACCUGAAGAAGCCGGAGUGCGAGCUCGUCGUGCUUGAGGACUACAAGUAUGUCACCAUCCAUACGAAGGAGGCGCGCCUUGAACGUGAUGGACACUUUCAGGAGGUGUAUUUCGGUCGCCGGAUCGGGUUCUCACGCGCACGUCCGCUCAUCACCGCGCUGGAGGUUAAGAGCCGUGCGUUCUUCGGCAACACCAGCAUGGAGAGCGAAAUGGGCUUGUUAAUGGCCGGUCAGGCUUGUCCCGCCCCUGGCAAGAUCAUGUACGACCCGUUCGUCGGCACAGGCUCCUGUCUGUAUGGCGUAGCGCACUGGGGCUCGCUGGUUAUUGGGUCGGAUAUCGAUGCGCGGCAGUUCCGGGGCAAGGAGAAGGGAAAGGACAUUGUGCCCGGUAUUAUGCGCAGUGCUAAGCAAUAUGGGAUCGACCAGCGCUUCCUUGACAACAUGUGCUUCGAUAUCACGCACGGGCCGUGGCGCCGUGGUGGUGUGCUUGACGCAAUCAUCACUGACCCACCUUACGGCGUGCGGGCAGGCGCGAAGCGGUUGGGCAAGGCGUCGACGCGCAAACGCGUGCUGCGUGACGAGCCGUUCCUCUUGGAGGACGGAACAUAUGCGCAUCAAAACCCGGACUACAUCCCACCUUCAAAACCGUACGAGCUUGUUGACCUGGCGAAAGACCUCGUCCAGCUCGCGCGAUACCUCCUCGUACCAGGAGGCCGUCUUGUCUUCUUCCUUCCCACCGUUACAGACGAGUACGAUGAGGUGGACAUCCCAGUUGUUGAGGGCAUGAAGGAGCUCAAGUGGGGUGAGGGAAGCGUGCAGAGCUUCGGGCGAUGGGGGCGAAGGCUCAUCACCAUGGUCAAGACGGCGCAGGACGACGGGCCGCGGCCUAACUUUGGUGACCACAGUGACCUGUUGGCUGAGAAGGAGCCGGGGCAUCACCGCUUUGCGCAGAAGUACUUCAAGAGUUCGCGCGGCAGCGGCGAGGCGACGCCUUCCAGUGGUGUCACCACCCCAGCCCCCCGUGACGACGUCGAUACGGUGGCAGAGGGAGUGGAGAAGGUGCAUGUGUAACAUCUUGUCAUACAGAACUGUGCGCUGUACGAUGAUGCAUGGUUUAUGCUUUCUUGGGCGCAAGGGCGUUUUGCUCUAAACACCCAAUUGAGCAUCCUGGAGCUGAA